GUGUUUGCAGGCUGUUCACACAUCUGGCCUUUGCUCGCGCCGCUCGAGCAUCUGUCCAGAUGUUGCUGCACGCGGGGCUGCCGUCGCUGACCUCGGUGCUGAACGCGACGUCAGACGAAGCCGCGCGCACCACAGGAGGCACGAGCCAGCCUCACUCCCUCUCUGAGUCCACCGAGCCGCCUCCAGCACGCGCGGCUGCCUCCUCAACUUCUCUCCUUUCUUUUUAAAUCCGUCCAUCGACCUUCUCAUCCUCUCUCCCUCCUUUUUAUUUUAAUUUUAUCCUCAUCCUUCGACGGCGCUGCCGUAAUCCCUCCACCUCCACUCCUCGUGCGUCUUCUUGGUGAUGGCACCGUGCGCGGCUGCUGCUGCUGUUCUUUCCCCGGCUUCAGGGGAUGAGCUGAUGGGAGGAGAAGGCGCACGGCUCGUUUGAUUCGUGUGCACGCAUGUUUUUAUUUGUCCUUUCGCUUCGGCACUUUUCCCUGUGAGAGGUCAACUCGUCCGCCGGAUCGUCGCCCUUCCUCGCAUCCACCGCAACUUCGCCAAUUGUUGUUUUGCUCGUGUCGCCGCUGCAUCCUGCGCCGUAACAUGACGACCGAGCAGUAGAAUUUGCACAGAGAAGAUUUAGGCCUCACACAAGCGAUCUGGAUAUGGAGUCCGUGAAGAUGAGGGCUGUGACGGGGGUGAAGGAAUUUGCGGGGAAGACCCUGGGCAAAAUGUACAAGGUGAUCGAGAGGAAGCAGAAGACCGGGGAGGUGAUCGAGCUGACGGAGGACGGGCGGCCCCGGGAGGCCGCGGCGAAGAAGCCCCCGUUGUGUGACUGCAAGUGCUUCGGUCUGCCCCAGCGCUACAUCAUCGCCAUCAUGAGCGGCCUCGGCUUCUGCAUCUCCUUCGGCAUCCGCUGCAACCUGGGCGUGGCCAUAGUGGGCAUGGUCAACAACAGCACCAUCCACGAGAACGGCAAGAUCAUCAUCACAGAGAAAGCCAAGUUCAACUGGGACCCGGAGACCGUGGGGCUGAUUCACGGAUCUUUUUUCUGGGGCUACAUCGUGACCCAAAUCCCGGGAGGAUACAUUUCCUCCAGGCUUGCGGCAAACAGGGUAUUUGGUGCGGCCAUCGUUCUGACCUCCAUCCUCAACAUGUUCAUUCCCUCGGCCGCACGAGUCCACUACGGCUGUGUCAUUUUUGUGAGGAUAUUACAAGGGCUGGUGGAGGGAGUGACCUACCCGGCCUGUCAUGGCAUCUGGAGUAAGUGGGCUCCUCCCCUGGAGAGGAGUCGUCUGGCCACCCUAUCAUUCUGUGGCUCUUAUGCUGGAGCUGUGAUAGCGAUGCCACUGGCCGGGAUCCUGGUUCAGUAUUCUGGCUGGUCCUCAGUCUUCUAUCUCUAUGGAUGCUUUGGCAUCUUCUGGUACAUGUUCUGGAUCCUUGUGUCUUAUGAGAGCCCUGCUGAACAUCCCACCAUCACUGAUGAGGAACGCUGCUACAUUGAGGAGAGCAUUGGAGAAAGUGCCAGGCUCGCGGGUCCUUCUGAGAAAUUCAAGACCCCCUGGAAGAAGUUCUUCACCUCAAUGCCUGUCUAUGCAAUCAUUGUGGCCAACUUCUGCAGGAGCUGGACCUUUUACCUGCUGCUGAUCAGCCAACCUGCCUAUUUUGAGGAAGUGUUUGGCUUUGAGAUAAGCAAGGUGGGCAUGUUGUCUGCUCUCCCCCAUUUGGUGAUGACCAUCAUUGUGCCCAUCGGCGGCCAGCUGGCCGACUACCUGCGCGAAAAGAACAUCCUGACAACCACCACCGUCAGGAAAAUCAUGAACUGUGGAGGAUUUGGCAUGGAGGCCACAUUUCUGCUAGUAGUGGGAUAUUCCCACAGCAAAGGGGUGGCCAUCUCCUUCCUGGUGCUUGCAGUGGGAUUCAGUGGAUUUGCUAUAUCAGGGUUUAACGUCAAUCACCUGGAUAUUGCUCCGCGUUAUGCCAGCAUCCUAAUGGGCAUUUCUAACGGUGUGGGUACCCUGUCCGGGAUGGUGUGUCCUCUGAUUGUUGGUACUAUGACGAAAAACAAGACUCGAGAAGAAUGGCAGUCCGUGUUCCUGAUCGCCUCCAUGGUGCAUUAUGGGGGCGUCAUCUUCUACGGGAUCUUUGCUUCGGGAGAAAAACAGCCUUGGGCCGACCCCGAGCAGACCAGCGAGGAGAAGUGUGGAUUCAUCGAUGAGGACGAGCUGGCAGAGGAGACGGGCGACAUCACUCAGAGCUACGGUGCUUUCGGAGGUCAGGCGAAGACGUACGGCGCGACCACUCAGGUGAACGGAGGCUGGGCCGCCGGCUGGGAGAAGACCGAGGAGUACGUCCAAGAGGAAGCACAGGGAGCGGGCUACGGGUACAGGCAGGAUGAGGGCUACUCUUAAACCAAACACACACUCAUCGCACACAAAAGUAGACUUAUUUUCCUGAGUGUGCAUCAGCUUAGUCAUAAAAAUAUCAAGAAACUACAAUCAAUCAUUGUAGGCUAUGGUUUGCACAAAUUCUAAAUAAAGAAAUCUAAAAAAUGACGAACUUAGUGUAAAGAUUACUAAAGCACAUAGAAAAUAUAAGGAUAUUUGAUUAAUAGAGGUGUCACACAUAUCAAAUUGGCAGUCUGUAAGUGUAAUAUUAUGCAUAUUGAUGAUAAAUAUAUUCAUUUGGAGUGCAACUGUAUGUAAACGUGAACAUUUCCAUCCUAUUAGCGGAGGCUUCCUGACAGCACUGGAGCCUGUAGGGCCAGGUAGAAGCUGCCCAUCAGAACCGAGCCUUCAAUUAUCAAAUUACCUGUUACAGUACAAUGUUCUACAAGCCAGCCAUUACAGUGUAUAGAUAUGUCACUGCACAGCAAGACACUCUGUUGGUAUAGAUUGUACGGUGUGUCUCCUGAACGCACUCAGAGUAGUGUGACUUUUUUAAUGCACAACAUGAUUUUUUUAUUUCCUCAUCCACGGCUUCUGUGUGUGUGUGUGUGUGUGUGUGCGUGUGUAACUCUAAGUCCUUGACAUGUAAGUGAGCUGCUGUAAAGAUUUGACGUGUGGUGUGAUGAUUCGUGCUGACCGUUUGGUUACACUUGCAUACAAAAGGUAAAAAAUGUCUUUGUUAGCUACAUGUGACCCGUUUGUGUAACUCUGCUGUUUGAGCUUUUUGGUUUUUGUUUUACCAAUUGCGACCCGUCACAUCUCAGCAGUGUAGUGCAGGAGUAAAGCCAUUCUCCUUAUCGUGAUCCACAUUGCUCUCAAAGCCUAUAGCUGUUCCGAUGCAUUGUGGAAACACAGUUUUAAAUAAAAACAUAUAUUUCAGAGAUAACUAGCAAUGCACAGAGUAUAUAUAUAUAAACGUUUAUAGAUUCAAUUUAGACAUUAAGAGAUUCAGGGUUAGACACAACCUUAUGGAGAAUUGGUGCAAUGGAAAGUACAGACUAGCAAAAAUCUGUAUGAGAGUCUUCAUAUAUUAAAACAGCAAAUCUAAGGGUAUAAUGAAAGAGGAAAAAUAUUUAAAAGUAUAAAAUAGAUACUUUACAUAAUCAAAUGAAGAGGUGAGUUAUGUGUAAUGCACAUUUUAAAGCCCCUGAAAACAAAGUAUUUCUCAAUUACUUCAAUAUAUACGAUAAAAGGGGGAAAUCUGUGUGCCUGAAACUUUCUGGUUCUAGUUGGCAAAUCACUUAUGAGCAGGCGUUGGUUGCCCGCAGCUAAACAUUCCAUGAUCAGAGCAAAAGAGGCAGAACACAUUGACCCCAAUGAUCGAUUAGCCAAAAUGUUGUUUGGACCUAAAACACCUGCAAAAAAGCAGCAGAAAUGUUUGUUCAAAGAAACAGGUCGGACUGUAAAGAGUGCGCAAUGAACUGAAGACAGAGCCUUGGACUAGAUGUCUCCACCGGCAGCCCCAGAGUCAAAUUCGCCAUCAGACCGAACAAAACUGUUUCAUCCAGACUUUGUUCGACCGACAGAAACAAAAAAAAAACUUCGACAAUCAGCAGAUUCUCAAUUAAAUGUUGAAUUUAGCUCAGAUAUAUAUUUAUAAACUCAACUGUUUCCACCUGAGCUCCGCCCACUACAGACAAGUGAAAAGGCCACAAUAACAAAUAAACAGUUUUUCCCACUUGAAUAGUCUAUAAGCAGAUUUCAUGGAAACGCCCACUGACGAUUGAGAAAAUAUGUUUUCAGGGCCUUUAAAGCUCAAGUAAAAUUGGACAGUCCCAAACAAAAGUAUUUAAAUGUUUACAUUUAUCUAUACUUCACAUUAAAUUCAACAUAGGAAGAGAUAUCUAUUUACAGUAAUAUAUAGCAUACUGCUGGAGAGGCAAUCACAUAUAUGUGCAAUUUGGAUAAAGGUCAGAGAAUGGUAGUCAUAUGAAACCUUUUAUGAUUAAUGUAUAAUGUAAUGACCGGUUUAUCAUUGGCUCCAGAAUAAGAACAAGUGAACGCACCAGGUCCUCGGGAUCAGGCUCCGUCCUCGUUCUGCACUUACACUGACUGACCCCGGUCUGAAGGGGCCAACUUACUUUAAUUUGUCACUCGUCUGUGGAGACCUGAAGUGUGCACUUCACAAUAUAGAUGUGUGUGGAUGUGUAUUUAUGCAUGGAACAAAGUGAAGUUUGUUUUCUGUCCUUUCUGGUUUUGUUUGGUUUCCCUUUUCUUUCAAACUUCUUUGUCUUGUGUCUCAGAAACUGUUACUGAUGCUUCAAUUUCUUUGCACAAUUAACCAAAGGUGAAGAGCAGGGCCGGGUUUUAGCUGGACGUCAAAACAUUUCUAAGGGAGUACAGCCCCUCAGCAGUGAGGUUUCACCAAGUGAGCCCCUGGUGUGCAGGCGGCACCAAACACAACUCAGUGUACAAAGCAAUAAAUUCAUAGUAACAGUUCUGGUCAUGAACAGUCAUGUAACUGUUUUUUAUGCAUUUGUUUAACAGUCGUGCUUUUUGUGAUAACAAAUGUAGAAAAAUUAACACUUGUGAUAAAAAAAAAGUAAAUAUACUGUAUGUAUGAAAAUAUAGUAAUAGAGCCCGAGUCAAACCUCUCUGACCACGAGAGGGUGAAGAGAGUUUGUGACGGGGCUGCUCACCAGAUGAGAAUGAUAAAACGAGCUCUGUCCGAGAGACGGACGCUCGACCUCUUCAUGUUUCUGUUUUUGUGUGAUCCACAUGUGCUAUUGUUUCUCUCUCUUUCUCUCUCUCCCUCUUACUCUCUCUCUCUCUCUCUCUCUCUCUCUCUCUCUCUCUCUCUCUCUCUCUCUCUCUCUCUCUCUCUCUCU